AAGAAAAUAGGCAACAUUUUACAUCUUCUCUUACAUCUUACCUGAACACCACCAACGAACCAUAAUGAAGCUUCUGGACAUUACUACAUCAGAAACACCAAGCCUGUAUAUAUUCGGAUAUGGCUCCUUAGUCUGGAAACCAGACUUCAAAUACAAGAGAAGCAACGUUGGUUAUAUCAAAGGAUAUAGUAGACGCUUCUGGCAUGGGGACAAUUUUCAUCGAGGAGACAAAGACAUGGUAAGUCUUUACCUUCAGAAAUACAAUCAAUGUAUUUGCUGCUGCUGUAGACAGACAUAAUAUUAUCUCAGAUCAAACUGUUGAGCUUCAGGAAGUGGGAGGUCAAAUAAAAAGUCUGAUUUGUGAUGCAAACAUAUUGGUUAUGGAAAUGUCAAUGCACAUAAAGGUCUGGCAUGGCCAACAAUACCUAACCAGAUAGGCUCACAUGUAGUAGGCUACUGUAGCCUAAGUGGAAAUGAAUUGGUAAAACAAUGCUGAGUGUGCCUGCUCUCUUUAUCUCUGUCCUUAUCUCUCUGGUCCUUAUCCUCCACAGCUAGGUAGAGUGGUGACUUUAGUGGAAGAUCAUGAGGUAAGUGGCCUUGUUUCAAAAUAACCCAGAACACACCUACAGCUCACAUUUGUUUUGAUCCUGUCUACCAUGAAUAAGUACUGUACUUAGUGUUGUAAAAUACAUUGACACUGGCAUGUCCAGAACAUUUUGAAUGGGGUGGAUAUACAGACCCAGUUUAGGGGGGCCAUAACAUAUUGAACCUUAAUCGAUGCAAGGUGGAUUUUUUCAAUAUAAUUAUGAUGGUUCAACAUAUGAAAUGCUUCAGCUUAGGUUUUGUACAUUUCCCUGAUCAAAUAAAUCAUAAAUAAAUUCCAAAACACUUGUUACAGUGUUUGGAUUCAAGGUCAGGAUUUGAUUUAAAAGUAUUAGCAUAGAUCAGUAAAUUCACUUGAAAGUGGCAUCCAGAGUACAAAUUAUACUCUGACAUUAGAGGGGUCUCUAUUUUUUAUGGGCUUUAUAGUAAAGACAUGUAAUUUAACUUUUACCUUUUAAUGUGUCAUGAACACAACCAGCCAUGAUGUUGCUGGUAUAGUCCUUCAUGUUUAUAAAUUGAACUUUGUUGACUAUUGACUUACUCCUUGAAGUUGAACUUCUCCUGUCCCAGUCUAACAUCCAUCUCUUCUCACUGCAGGCUUGCACCUGGGGGGUAGCGUAUGAGGUCAGCGACUCCCAGAUGGAGGAGUCUCUGCAGUACCUGAAUGUGAGAGAGGCUGUGCUGGGGGGCUACGUCACCAAGAUGGUGGAGUUCACUCCCAGAGAGAAGUGCCAAGGGUCUCUGCUCGCCCUGGUCUACAUCGCCACCUCUGACAACCCCACAUACCUCGGGCCUGCCACUCCCACAGAGAUAGCUGCUCAGAUUGCCAUCUGCAGAGGCAACACGGGCCACAACAUAGAGUACCUCCUCCGCCUGGCUGAGUUCAUGAGGCUGUACUGUCCCGAGGUAGAGGAUGACCAUCUCUUCUCCAUAGAGGCAGCCGCCCUGGCCCUGGUCAUCUGA